UGACUGUAGUUUAUUUGUCACCCAGGCAACUAUCAUGGUCUUCCAAUCUGUGGCUGAGUACUACAAGCAAGUGAGGAGAGCUCAGAAUGCGGAAUUGGAUGUGGAGUUGUCUGUGAGUGGCCGAAGCAAAACCAUCCAAUGGAAUAUAAGAAAAGAAAACUCACACCUCACCCGUUCAGACAAGGUUAACCUCAAGCAAGAAUUUAAUGUUACAGCUAAGGGAAAUGGUGUGGGAUCUCUCAAAGUAGUAACACUCUACUAUGCUAGACCCACUGAGAAGGAAAGUGACUGCAGAGAUUUUGAUCUUACUGUUAAGAUGGAAAGACAACGUGAAGUGUCAUAUCCUGAAGCUAAAGAAAGUUAUCUGCUCACCAUUGAAACCUCCUAUAAGAGUCAAACCAGAGAUGCCACUAUGUCUAUUUUGGAUAUCGGCCUGCUGACAGGAUUUGUGGUGGAUGAAAAUGAUCUCAGCGAUCUUACCACCGGGAGCGACAGAUAUAUUCAGAAGUUUGAGAUGGAUAAACAGCUUUCAGAACGAGGUUCCUUCAUCCUCUAUCUAGAUAAGGUGUCUCAUGGGAUGAGAGACAGGAUUGCUUUCAGAGUGCAUAAGAUCACUGAAGUGGCUAUGCUUCAACCUGCUGGCAUCACUGUGUACGAGUACUACUCUCCAGAUAAACGCUGUACGAAGUUCUACCAUCCUGUGAAGAAAGAUGGAGCUCUGAGCAGACUGUGCAAUGAUCAGGAGGGUCUGUGUCGUUGUGCUGAAGAAAAUUGCAGCAUCCAAAAGAAACAGAACAUCAACGACAAUGACCGGGAGAAAAAGGCUUGUGAACCUGGCUUGGAUUACGUUUACAAAGUAAAAGUUGUGAAGACUGACCUGAGCCCAUACACAGACUACUACACCGUGAACAUUGAACAGGUUCUGAAAGAAGGCACUGAUGCAGGUGUGGAGGGACAAGAGAGACGCUUCAUGGGUCACGCUAACUGCAGAGGAUCUUUUGGAAUGGAGGAAGGCAAGACGUACCUCAUCAUGGGCCAAAGCGCUGACCUACCAAAGAUAGGUGGAAGGCUGCAGUACAUCCUGGGCGAGCAGACGUGGAUUGAAUACUGGCCCACAAGCCAAGAAGGUCAAACUCCACAAUACAGGGAGAAAUAUGUGGGUAUCACUGGACUUGCUCAGUAUCUCACGUCCCUUGGCUGUACUACAUAAAUGUCGCCAGUGACAUUUAAUAAGUCAUUAUUUCUGCUGAAUAUUCCACAAGCUUUUCUUUGUUUUUACUUUUACUAUGCCUCCAAAUUUGCUCAAGAGAAACAUUUAUUCCAAAAAUAAUAUCUGUCUGGCAUGUCAUACCUGAAGAAAGCCAUUAAAUAAACUUUCCGAAAGCAUA